AUUAAAUGAUUGCCUCAGACUACAUUCCAGAGCUGCAACAAGCAAAUGUAAAAGAAUUGCUGCUCAUUUGAUCACAGACAUCCUCAGCGUGAAGCAUCGCGACUGCAAAGAUGGCAUUUACUCUUCGCUCCUUGUUCCUUCUCUGCGGGAUCGGUGGACUUUUGACUGGAGCCUGGUCUAAACCAGUCAGUAAUGUAAAAGAAAACUGCUGUCCUAAAGGCUGGACUCAGGUGGAUUGUCGCUGUUUCAUUUAUCAAGAUAAAGGCAGGCAGUUUGCAGAUGCAGAGAGCGUCUGCAACAUUCUCGGUGGGAAUCUGGCCUCGGUCCACAGCGCUUUGGAAUAUGCCGUCGUUCUCGAACUGAUUCGGGCAGCCUCUGACUCUACUGAGGAUGCUUGGAUGGGACUGCACGAGGCGAUAGAGGACGGUGCCUUCUUCUGGACUGAUGGCUCAGAGGUUGAUUUCACGAGCUUCAACAGUGACGAUGAUGCUGGAGAUUGCAUUGAGAUUGAAUUCAGUGUUUGGUUUGGUGCUGCUAGAAAAAAGGACAAACUCCGACUGCAACGGACAAUCAAAACUGCUGAAAGGAUUGUCGGUACCCCCCUACCCACCAUUGAGGACUUGCACACUGCCAGAACUAAGACAAGGGCGUGCAAAAUCCUCUCGGACCGUCUGCACCCCGGUCACCAGCUCUUCCAGCUCCUUCUCUCAGGUCGGCGCUACCGAUCAACGCAAACUAAAACUAGUAGACAUUCCAACAGCUUCUUCCCUCUUGCGAUCAACUUCUUAAACAGCUAACCUAUAAUUCCAUUA